CGGCAUAUUGAACCGUCGGCCUAAUGCGCCUCCUUUUUGAAAAGUCGAACAAACGGACCUUCGGACCAAUGGGUUAUUUUUUCGGAGCAUUGAACCGUCCGCAUAGUGGCAUGUCGAUCUAAUGGGAAAUAUUUCGAGGAGCCAUUGAGGUGUCGGAAUUACGGGCAGGCCCCUGAACCCCAGCGUCACGCCUCGCAGAGCUGCAGGCGGUUGCACCGUUUUGCACACGGUGGGCAUUUGUGGUCACAAGGUUUAAACAUACUUGAAGACCACUUUUGCACACUUGACUAUCUAGGAUGGGAACGCUGCGAUCCUGGUAGUCACAAGGCAUCCCCUGUGCUGCACACACACACUCACGCUGGUGGUUGGUGGUCCCAGACAGUCAAGGUUUUUGUUGUAAAGUGCUGGUUAAGGGAUUUUCGGAAGAUUAUUUGUUUGUUUUCCUAGAGUCCAAAGGAAAUAUUUCAAACAUUUCCGUUUUAUUGCCACCUACCAUCCUCUGAUCUGCUCAGAAGAAGUUCGAGAUGUUCAAGAAGAGCAAGGAAAAGGCUCACCUCUUGACGGAGACCAUUGCCACAUAUUCCGCGGACAGUAAUCCAUACCAAGAUGGCGUCGACGGCGUCGUCAAGCAUUGCCAUGACAACAGCCGCGCCAAGGAGGACCGCGAGCGCGAGAGGAAGACGGCGAGGGAGAGGCUGUACGUGGUGUCGGUCAUCUGCCUCAUCUUCAUGAUCGGAGAGAUCGUGGGGGGGUACUUUGCGGGGAGCCUGGCGGUGAUGACGGACGCCGCCCACCUGUUGGUGGACCUCACCAGCUUCAUCAUCAGCCUCUGCUCCCUCUGGCUCUCGUCCCGCCCCGCCACGCACACGCUCAACUACGGCUGGCACCGCGCUGAGAUCCUCGGGGCCCUGCUGUCUGUGUUCACCAUCUGGCUGGUGACGGGGGUGCUGGUGUACCUGGCCGUGGAGCGCAUCGUCAGCGACGACUACGUCAUCGACGGCACCAUCAUGCUCAUCACCUCCGGCUGCGCCGUCAUCGCCAACAUCAUCAUGGCGCUCACCCUGCACCAAUCAGGACACGGCCACUCCCACGGGGGGCUCAGUUCCCAUGGUCACAGCCACGCCCCGGACGAGGACGGCCACGCCAACCACGCCCACGGUAACCACGGUGAUAAGGACGUGGAAGGAGUUGAGCAGGGGAAGCGCGCCCAGCAGGCCAACGCCAGCGUGCGCGCCGCCUUCGUGCACGUGGUGGGCGACCUCCUGCAGAGCGUCAGCGUCAUGGUCAGCGCCAUCAUCAUCUACUUCAAGCCUGAGUAUAAAAUAGCGGAUCCCAUCUGCACCUUCCUCUUCUCAAUCUUCGUCCUUGGGACCACGGUGACCAUCCUGAGGGACAUCCUCACCGUCCUCAUGGAAGGUACCCCGUCGGGGGUGAAGUACGUGGAGGUCCGGGAGCGCCUGCUGGCGGUCAAGGGGGUGACGGCGGUCCACAACCUCCACAUCUGGGCCCUGACCAUGAACCAGGCCGUGCUGUCCGCCCACGUCGCCAUCGACGACACGGUGGACGCCCAGUCGGUGUUGAGGGAGAUGACCCAGGCCUGCUACCUCUCCUUCAACUUCCACUCUAUCACCAUCCAGAUGGAGCGUGAGGCCGACCUCAAGCCCGACUGCACACUGUGCGAGGACCCCGUGAAAUAACCCACCUGAACUCUAAGUACGCCCUUAACCCCCCUCUGUGUGAGGACCCUGUAAUGUCACCGACCUGCACUCUGUGUUAGGACCCCAUACACCUUGCCCUGUGAUGGAGACCCCAUAAACCACCCCCCUGGGUAAGGACCUCUUAAACCUCACUCUGUAAGGACCCCAUACACCUUGCCCUGUGAUGGGGACCCCAUAAACCUCCCCCCUGGGUAAGGACCUCUUAAACCUCACUCUGUGUAAGGACCCCAUAAACCUUGCCCUGUGAUGGGGACCCCAUAAACAUCACCCUGUGAGGGGACCCCAUACACCUUGCCCUGUGAUGGGGACCACAUGAACCUCCCCCCUGGGUAAGGACCUCUUAAACCUCACUCUGUGUAAGGACCCCAUAAACCUCGCCCUGUGAUGGGGACCCCAUAAACAUCACCCUGUGUGGGGACCCCAUAAACCUUACCCUGCGUAAGGACCCCAUAAACCUUGCCAUGUGACCCAUGCUUUGGGGAUGACUAAGGGGUUGAUUUUACACAAAUCCUCAUCACACGACCACAUUUAUAUGUUGGUAUUAGCGGAAUAGUUCUCAUUUAAAUCAUAAGUUAACGACUGUGUUUUUGAUAACUCAUCUUAAGAGAAAUCCUCAAUAAAUGCAGCGGGUGAUUUCAUUUUCAACUUAUGAAAGGAAAAGUGCAGUGUUUUAAAUUAUGUUUGUGUGUAUACUCAUUUCAGUUUUGUUGAGUUGAAUGUAUAUUAUUUAGCUGGAACAGAACAAACUGUUUUAGUCUAGAUGAUUUAAGCCAUGCUUGUUUUAAAUGGGGUUGAAAUGGUCUCCGGUUUUCAGUUAGAAACUGAAAUACUCUUGGUACUGUAGCUAAAAAAGGUACCAGUGGCAUUUUACCAUAUUUGAGCAAUUGGCAUAAUGUUAAGUGAAAAUAACGUUUUAUUUUUCAUUCAAUAAAAUAUUUUCGGCAGUAUUC